UGUAUAAUACUAUGUUUUCCCUGUCUUUUAGGGGUUGAGAUCUGCAUUGCUACUCCGGGUCGUCUCAUUGACUUCCUUGAGUGUGGAAAGACUAAUUUGCGUCGUUGCACUUAUCUGGUGCUGGAUGAAGCAGACCGCAUGCUGGACAUGGGAUUUGAACCUCAGAUCCGCAAGAUAGUGGAACAAAUUCGGCCAGACCGUCAGACCCUGAUGUGGAGCGCCACCUGGCCUAAGGAAGUUCGCCAGCUGGCUGAGGACUUCCUGAAGGACUACGUCCAGAUCAACAUUGGCGCGCUGCAGCUCAGUGCCAACCACAACAUCCUGCAGAUAGUUGAUGUUUGCAAUGACAUGGAGAAGGAGGACAAACUGAUCCGUCUGCUGGAGGAGAUAAUGAGUGAAAAGGAGAACAAGACCAUUAUUUUUGUUGAGACCAAAAGGCGUUGUGAUGAGAUCACCAGGAGGAUGAGAAGAGAUGGGUGGCCAGCAAUGGGGAUUCAUGGAGACAAGAGCCAGCAGGAGAGGGACUGGGUCCUUAACGAGUUCAGAUAUGGCAAAGCUCCAAUCCUCAUCGCUACAGAUGUGGCCUCCCGUGGCUUGGAUGUGGAGGAUGUGAAAUUUGUCAUCAAUUAUGACUACCCUAACUCCUCCGAGGAUUAUAUCCAUCGCAUUGGACGCACAGCCCGAAGUCAAAAAACGGGCACAGCCUACACCUUCUUCACCCCCAACAACAUGAAACAGGCCAGUGACCUGAUCUCUGUGCUCCGCGAGGCCAAUCAGGCCAUUAACCCCAAGCUCAUCCAGAUGUCAGAGGACAGAGGAGGUCGUGGUAGGGGGGGAAGAGGUGGCUACAAGGAUGACCGUCGGGAUAGGUAUUCUGGGGGCGGGAGGAGCAACUUUGGUGGUAGUAGCUACAGGGACAGGGACAGCGAUAGAGGGUUUGGCAAUGGGCCGAAGAGUGCCUUUGGUGGCAAUAAGGCUCAAAAUGGUGGCAGCUAUGGUGGUAACAGUGGCGAUUCUAGUGGUAGCUAUGGUAGCAACAAUUACAGCAACAGCAAUGGACAGGGUAAUUUUGGUGCUCCGGCAAAUCAGGUGGGUGCCUUUGGUAGCCAAAGCUUCCAGGGGCCCCCUCAAUUUGGGGCCAUGCAGAGGGCCGGUCAGAAUGGUAUGAACCACCCACCAUUCCCAUUCAACUCUCAGCCACCACCACCACAGGCCCAACAGCCACCACCUCCACCACCAAUGGUGCCCUACCCCAUGCCACCACCCUUCCCACAGUAGAUAUGAUAUACGCACAAUAUAUGGAACCAACAUGAUUUUGGUUUAGUCUUGAAAUCUUACAGUAUGAUGCUUAUUAUUAUUAUUAUUAUUAUUAUUAUUAUUAUCCUUUGUACUGUUUAACUUUGUUUUGCUUACAGCAGGGUUGGAAUUAUUCCGUAAACCCAGAGCAUUAAAUGGAGUCAUAGACAGGUCUCCUAGUGCAAUUAUGAUUGCCGCACUUUUUCCUUGACUGUUUUUUUUUGGGUUACAUUCCUCGGUAAUUUAUUUUUACUAGGUAAUGCAGUGUUUUCAGUUAGUGGUAUGUUUUUAAAGUGAUGUUAUGAAUUGUAUAAAAAGGGUGCGUGAGACCCUUUUCAAUAAAAAUAAGAAAAUUG